UUUCCCAGCGAGCGGUUCACGGGGCGGAUGCUUCGCCCGAGUCACACUCUUUAGGACGACAAGGAGAACUCUCAAAAAAAAACCACGAAAAGCCGAGACAGACUGUGCGUGAAGUGAGUGCAGUGCUUCUGGCCAAACAGCCCGCAAAAUAUGUAAAUAAAACGUUGUAAGCAAAAACAAACGCGGUUUCACAGUGCGCCCAUUCACAUGCAAAUCGCAAUCGGUGCCGCAAACUAAGCAGCACAUAAUUCGCGAAUUAAAUCAAAACACACGUCGCCCGCCUCGCUCCUUUGGGCCGGCUUCCUGGCAGCAGCAACAACAGCAGCAGCAGCAACAGCAGCAACAGCAGCACAACUGCAGGACAUUAAAAGGACGCCUGGCUGAACGUUACGCGACGCGAACCGUUAACCGUUACGCUUCCGCUUUACGGCUUACGUAGCUCGCGCGUGGGGUGUGCUUGCGGGAUCUAACAAUUGGCAACGGGGCGGAUGAGCAACGCGGAAGGCGCCGCCCACGCAAAGUGUGCCGAAAUUUAAACAGCCCCGUGUACUGUACUGGCGUGUGUGAGUGGGGAUAGCCGUAACCAUAAACGUAAACAAAGGAUUAGACGCUACCUUGCCGGGAUUACGCCAGCAGAGAGAGAGACUUUUUCGAUAGCCCAGCUUCAGGUUCGUAAACCGCACACUCGAAUGAUAAUGCACAUUAAAGGAGUUGCAUCCGCCCGAUCAGACCGAGCUGGAGCUUUGUUCAUCCGCGGCUUUGUUCGUGUGACAAGCGAAACUAAUGAGCAGCAAAUCAGCAGUAGGAAACAGGAAGCAGCGACGAAAGUGAAAUUGCUUAAGUAAAUAAUCGCAGCUGUGAUAACACCAAAGAAGCAGAUCUGAAGCUCCGAGACAGUUGCGUAAUUACGAGCCAUCGUCCAGUGAUUUUGCGCGCAAUAAAUGUCAGCGUGGCAACAAGAAAAGUAAUCACAACUAUUUGCUAAACCCAAGCACCCAGCAAGCCCGGCAAAUCGCACAAAAUGGCUCGCCCUAGGAAGGCAGUUACAGCAGCAGCAGCAAGUGUUGCUGCUGCCCCACCAGCAACACAAAGCAGCACGGCAGCAACAUCGCUGCUCGGCAGCAGACGACCCUCAAGUUCAAGGCGGUCAUCGUUAAUCACAUGUUUUAUAUCCUGCCACACGUUCAGCUUGUUCCUGCUGCUCCUCCUUUUGGCCAGCGGAGUCCGGGCUGCCGGCAAGCUGGCCCCUCGCAGCAACAAGACAUCGGGAGCGUCGGGGGCAGGAGGAGGAGCUGGAGGUGGAGGAGCAGGAGCCGGAACAGCAGCCACGUCGGCGGCAGCGGCCGGAACACCCAUUUGGGAUCAUGCCAUCGAUUUGAAUGAGGAUUUUCGCAUACUAUGGCAAAUCAUUAAUCAGGAUAUAACAUUUGAAAUACAGGCACGUACCCUGGGCUACGUCGGCUUCGGAUUCUCGCCCGAUGGCAAUCUGGCCGGUGCCGAUAUGGCCAUCGGCUGGGUGGACAAGGGUCAAACCUAUUUUCAGGAUCGACACGUCACACGGAACGGAGACCCCCAGCCCGUGGUGGAUCCCUCGCAGGAUUAUAUGCUGAUGCUGGGCUACGAGAACGCGACGCACACGGUCCUCCGCUUUAGACGCAAGCUGGACACAUGCGACCCCAGCCACGACAUCGCCAUAACGAACGACACGAUGCGCCUGCUGUACAUGUACCACGCCCAGGAUCCGCCGCACGGCUCGGUGCGUCCUGGCACCCUUCCGGAUCCGGCCCGCGCCUUCCGCCCCUACCGCCCCAUGGUCCUGAUGCAGCGCGCCCAGCUGCCGAUACCCUCGCCCACGCACGACGAGCGCGUGCGAGUCCUCGAGCUGCGCAAUGAGGACGUGGAGCUGCCCUCCGGCGACCUUCCGCUCUUCUGGUGCAAGAUGUUCAAGUUGGAGGACAUCAAUCGCAAGCACCACCUGAUCCGGUACGAGCCGAUUUAUGAUUCAUCGUCCAGCGUGCACUACUUGCAGCACAUAACGCUGCACGAGUGCCAGGGAGCUCACGCGGAGCUGGAGGAGAUGGCACGCGAGCAGGGCCGCCAGUGCCUCGGAGCCCGCUCCAUUCCGCUGGCGUGCAACGCCAUCGUGGCCUCCUGGUCGCGCGGCAGCGAGGGCUUUACGUAUCCACAUGAGGCCGGCUACCCGAUCGAGUCGCGACAGGCGAAAUAUUAUUUAAUGGAGACCCAUUACAACAAUUUGAAGCCCGACUUUGCCCAAUUGCACAUCAGACAAAUGGCGGAUAAUUCGGGUUUGAAAAUCUACUUCACGCACGUCCUGCGACCCAACGAUGCUGGCAUACUGUCAAUCGGCAUGGACCCUAACUGGCGACACAUCAUCCCGCCGGGCCAGAAGCGGGUCGUUUCGGAGGGCCAGUGCAUCGAGGACUGCACCGGCUACGCCUUCCCCCAGCAGGGCAUCAACAUAUUCGCGGUGAUGAUGCGCACCCACCAGAUCGGCAAGGAGGUCAAGCUGCGCCAGAUACGACAAACCGAGGAGCUGCCGCCAAUUGCACACGACAGCAAUAUAGAUGUUGCCUAUCAGGACUUUCGACGUUUGCCACAAACGGUGCAUUCCAUGCCCGGGGAUAGACUCAUCGCCGAAUGCAUUUAUGACAGUUCGUCACGAAAGGCAAUUACCCUGGGUGGACUCACCAUGAAGGAAGAAAGCUGCACGGUGCUGACACUCUACUAUCCACGCCAGAAGAAGCUGACAACGUGUCACUCACUGCCGAGUCUGCCCACAGUGUUGCAUUCGCUUGGCAUCGAGCAACUGGCAACCGACUCGAACCCCGUGCUUAUAUCAUCGCCCCCCGAAUUGGCUGGAAUGACACUGGAGGCACGUCUGAUAUCCUACGACUGGGAGAAUCAAUUUGGCGAAUUCCAGGAGGCCACACGCAAGGGCAGCUUCAAGCCCAUUUGCUGGGGCGCCAAGAAUCAUGUGGUGCCGGGCUCCGAGUUCCUUGAGGGGUACAGCAUAAAUGUGACCAAGACCUACAAGAAGCACCGCCGGUGCAAACCGAAGCGCCCCCUGGCCAUGCCCACCGAGCGCACCGCUCCGCCGCCCGCCUCCGACCUCAGCGAGCUGCCGGUGCUCCACGAGCUGGACAACAAUAACAUAAUCGAGGGCGCGGCGCGGAGCAGUCGGAGCUCGGCGACCGACGUGCACGGCCUGAGCCGCGGCAGCGGGCGCCAGUUCAUCAGCUGCCUGCUCUGGCUGGGGGCCUCGUCCUGGUGGCUCCUGCUGAUGCUCAGGACGUGAGGGAAUUGAAGGGGACCCGGCGGCAGACGAAGUAGCAGCAGCAGCAGCGGGAAGCACAGGCACCACCGUCUCAACACACUAAACUAACCAUACAGCUGAGGAACAGAAGGGAAAUCAGUGAAAACAAAAAUAGAGUACUGAAUAGCGAACGCAUCUCAACUACAGCUCUCUAACUACAAAUGACAUCUCUUAAUCCUACUACAGAUACAAAUAGAAGCAGAAUGAAAUGCGGAAAAGAGGAAAACAUGAAAUAUUCAUAAUAAGCUAGCGUGUAACAGCUUUUCCCGUCCCCUCCCCGUACACCUGCUGGCCCCAAACGCCAUUUUAUUUAAGCUCCUCCCUCCACAGUUUUGUUGAUUUUGUUCUAGAGUUUUAGUAAAUUAUUAAUGAUUUUUUUAAGUAGUCUAAGCUGGAAAAAAUAAAAACAAAUGUCGAAAAAACAAGAAAACAAUGUCGAGAAAAACCGAAAAGCAAUAAUUAGUUGUUGUUGUCGUUAUUAAAUAUACAAAAUGCGAAAUUGUAAAAGAUACAGAUAUUAUAGAUAUACACCAUGACUACAUAUAUAGAGCAGUCAUUCCUUCUACCAUAACGGAUAUAAACCACACACCUAUAUUUAGAUAUCUAUGUAUACAUGUAGGGUCUGACUUAUGUAAAGCUUGAGCGUCCGAUGGGUUUUGUUGGGCAUUGCAAGAAACAAUCGUAGAAGGGAAAGGCAUCAAGUGGCAAGUGGAGGAACGCGCAUCAGGCCCCUUAUCCCUCCCCAGUUAAGUUUAGUCCCAGCUACUAGGAGGAACUAAGUUCGAGCGGAAAAGUCACGGGACAUCACACAAACCAACAAACAAACACGACACAAGCAUGCAUAAACUUUAUACGUCCAUUUAAGAAGCAAAUCGAGAGAGACAGAUUGGAAAGGGAAGGGAUUUAGUUUAACGUACAUAUGUAAUUUUUAGAAAAGACUUGGAUGAAUUUACUAUGUUUUGAAAGACUAGGAACGGAAAUUAAUAAAUGGCAGAGGCGAUAACUAAGACAUAAAUAGUGCUCACGCAAUUUAUAAAUAUUUUAGUCUGAUUUAAAAGCACGCUGCAUCAAAGGAGAAGAUGAAUCGAUACGUUUGCAGAACAAUUGUCAGUCUACUGAUAUCUACAGCACUUCCACUGCUGUUUGCAUUUGUAUCUUCUAGUUUCUUUUUGGGUUUACUACUCUGACGACACUGCACUCGCGCUUUCAUCCUAAGUUUCAUUCAGUUACCUAAUGCAAAUCUACCUGCUCUCCGAACUAUAAAACGAAAUUAAGGAAAAGAAGCAAGUUAUUCGAACACUCAAAGUGUUGCCUCCUCUCUUUCUUACUCGCUGUCGUUCUACUAAUAUCUCUACGUUUAGCACGAUAGGCCAUAACUUUCCUAGACCUAAGUUGUAAAUAUACUCUAGCGGACGGAGAACGGGAAACUACUGCGGAAUUGCAAGCCACGGAGAAGGAAGGCGGUGUUGAAGCUUAUACAGGGUGUGUGAUUAGGAACGGCUCACGGCCAGCUCUAGUAGCUGCAGGCGCAGGAUUGGAUGUCUCACUGGGUUCAAUAUUAUCGCAUUCGGAUAGACGGAUAGAGGACAUUUAGAAAUGUACGACGCCGCCAAGAUCUGCUCGAAGUAGUAAAAAUAUACCAUAUACAUACGACAUAAAUAUAAAGUAAAUUUAUAUAUACACAUACGAUAAAUAUAACUAUAAAGUCUAUAUAUACAGUACCAUACAUCUAUAAGUAGUUACGUGGUUCGUAGUUGUAAAUGUGAAUGUGAGUAUUUUAUACAAAACGGAAAAGAAACGAAUAAAAAACAAAUAAAGCGAAGCAUGAAGCGAUAACAAGAAACCCAAUUUUUAUACCAAAAAAGAGAGUGAUGAUGAUGAAAUUUCCUUUGAAGCGAUCGAGAGCAUCACGCGCUAUAUAUACAAAUCAUAUAUUUUAGGAUAACUGCUGUAACUAAGAUUAGAGCCGAGUUGGCGUAAGCAGAAAGCAAAUGCAAAGUUGAAACAAUCAAAAUAACAUUUAAACAACAAGCGGCAUAUAAACGAGAUACUUUUUUGCGCUAAACUAUUAAAAGUUUGCCUCACACCAACACCAACACACUACGCACCCACACUGACAAAACUUUAACCCUGUUAGCGGAAAAAAGUGAAACUUUGCUGCAGCCAGAGGCGCGGCCUUUAUAUGUGGGCCAUCCUGUUUUUGAGGUUUUCCCACUUGCCGGGCAACUUUUUAAUGGACGCCCAGUCCCCUCCCGAGUCCCAUCCCUUCCAGCUGAAUGCCAGCGCCUCCAGGCGUGCUGGCAGCCCAACUAGGUCUAAUUAGGAGCGAUGAGCAACCGACAACCGGCAACCGACGAGCGACAUCGUUCUCAUAGUUUUGGCUUUCGAUUCGCCGCUUUGUCCUUUGUCAUAGAAACCUGGCCACCUCGUCUUGCCUCUUUUACCUUUGUUUGGCACAUUAAUUAAACUUCUUGCCCGGAAAAACCGGAGAGGGGAACUGGGCAAAAACAAGGCGCACAAUUACAAAGGCCAGCGGAAGGAAACUAAAACGAAAACAUUCCUUCUUUGGCUCGCCAAUUGGAAAUUAGUUUCGCCAACUGGCGAGCAGACACAAAAAACACAAGUCACACACACAAACAGAGGAAAUGUAUUCAUAUAAUUUAAUUAAAUGCAAACAACAAAAACGGUUUUGGAAAAUGUACUUGCGAUAGAAACGAUAAAAAAGUCGGAAAAUAGUUUCAAAAACUACAUAUACAAAGCGUAAUAAAGGGGAACUAAACGAAAACUAACUAAAAUAAUCUAACUAAAGCUAAAACAGAAACACCCAAACAUGCUCGAAAGGCAGGCGCAUUGGGAAAGCGAAAUAUAGCCAGAGAUGGAGCCCAGAGGUAUGGACAAUGGUGUCUUGGGGAUAUAAGCUGAUAAAGAGCUGCAACAACCUGACCGAAAGUCUGCACAGAUUAAGCCAAUGAAUCGGGCUUCUUGGCCAAACUUUUCCUGGCACGAUAGUGGACCAGAGCAGAAUUUGAAAUGCAGAGCAGAGCUUUAAAGUCCGUGUGUUCCCCUGGCUUUGGCCGUUCUCAGGCACUGCUGGCUCAAUGCUUUGUCGGCCAAGUCCACUUGGCUCCGCCUUCUAUCUGUCUAGCAUUUAACAUUUUUUCGCUCUGCUUUGGCCCACUCUGACUCUGGUCCUUUGUUGGCGCAGAAAAAGCUGAAGCGCAGGACUUCAUUCAGGAAACUAAUAAGUUUUUAAAAGUGACCCAAUUAGCUCGUUUAGCUUGUUUCCCCAUUCUGCAGAUGCCUCAAAGAUACCUUUUGUUCAUCCACUCAAAGGCCCCUCGAGAGCCGGGCGGAGAACCUCCGCUGGGAUCCAGAUUGGAGGCAGUCAGAGUGCUAAAGUAGCAAACACACAACACACCCGCACACUCAGAGAACAAUGUAGCAUGUUAGUAGUAUCAAGAUUGUGCAUAACUUCUUAGGCCCUCUAUUGAAAGUUUUUAUUUUGCGGCCGAGGAAAGGCGAAAAAGUGAAUGGAUGCUGAGCACAGAGAAGACGAGAUAGCAAAACAAAACACAACCUACCUAAAGCGAUAAAACAAACCUAACUAUUUUUAGUGUGUACCUUGAUUUUUUCAAAGCAAAAAAACGCUGAGCGCACGACGAGAUGUGCCGCGGGAGACACCAGGAUAACUAAUAUUAAUAGAUAUAUACGACUGUAUGAGAAAUAACGUAAAAGUAAAAGCAAUAAUGAGCAAACGCAUAGCUAUCAAUAGGAGGUUGAGAGGGUAGGCUAAAAAUACUCUAGCUCUAGGCAAAAGAUAACAGUAAGUCGUAGAUGACGAUCGUGGGGAGGCGUGAAGCAUACUUUUUUGGGCAGCCUUUUGGCGGAAACGGAAAUGAACCGAUCAAGGAGGGAACCGGAAUCGGAAACGGGAACGAAAUGGGAACAGGAACCGGGGCGCGAGGUAGGCAAGUUAAAGAAGGUUAGGAAAGGCAGAAAUAGAAUUGCAUAUGAUUAAAACAUAAUACAAAAACUAUUUUAAAGUAGAGCAGUUUGCGAAAAUAUUUAAAUGUGUCGUUAGAAAACCCCCAAAAAUUGUAGUUGCAUUGUCGUUAGCCAUAGUAGCAAAGUUGCAUAUUGAAUACGAGGAAACAGGAGCAAAACGAAUGGAGGAAGAAGCAUACAUACCAUACAUCAAUCAAGGAGAACAAACAUAGCCGGCAUCUUAGAAACAUCAUCAGUAUUUGUGUAUAAGUCCUGCAUGAAACGGAAUACAUACAUACAAACAGGCCCACAUAGAUACAUAUACAUAUGCAUAAAAACAUAUAAAUAUCGUAACGUACGGAUAAAUAUAGCUAAAGCCAACCACACAUACCCCAAAGCAGUCCCCUGAAAAGAAAAAGUCAAUCCCCUGAGAAUAAUCUUAAAGUAAAGCCCGAUAAAAGUAUAACACCACUUGAUCAUAAGCUAUAGAUAAUAGAACCGAGCUCUGCGAGAACGGAGGCAACUGUACUUGAGUGAGAGGGCAGCAGAAACCACAGCUAAUACCUCCUGAAGGCCAGUAAAUCCCCAUGCGGGCUUUCCUUAAGCGCUCUUCAGUCGCCGUCACCUUGCCCAAGCACAUCUUCAGUUCGUCCCAACCUCACACUGAGAUCAACCUAACCUCAAUCUGUUUAAGGAUAAAACGCAAGCGGUUGCCCCUACUCUCACAGCCAAAUCAACACUCACGUACAGCCACACUCUGACACUGUUAAACACCAGACAUUUUUGAUACCGGACUAAUUGAUAAUGAGAAAGGGAAAACAGGAAGCCGAGUGAGGAGAACAGAAAGACAGGCGGACGAACACCAUUUAUCUAUUGUGAACUACAUUGUUUGAUUGUGAGCUAAGUUCCGACUACUACAACCACUACUCUCUAUGAAUGUUUUAGGUUAUUCACUAAAAUAAUUUUGUAAUAUACUAAAACCGCAAGCUAAGCAACUUUUACUAUAACAACAAAUGAUGAAAGCCGAAAAAACAAGACAAACAAUAAAA